CUUCAAUGAUCCUAAUUCAAGUCGACAACUUUCUUGCAGGACCGACGCCAAUGCAACUUCCCAACCCAUUACUCUAGCAUAUCAGACAAUAAACUUCAACAAUGGCCUCUCAAGAACGAAUUGCCGUCCACAACCUAGCGGACCUAAAAAACACAUCCGACGAUGCGAUCCCGAACUACCUCAACUCCCUCGGCUUCAAGCAGGACAACAGCCUCCUUGAUACCCGGCUAGCCCUCGGGUAUGGCGCCUUCGCCGUCGCCGCCGCCUGUUUCCUAUGGGACUAUAAGCUAGGGUUCGAGAGCACCAAAUACUACACCGCUGGCGCCGUCGCCUUGUACGCGAUACUUAAUGGGGUCUUGACGUACUGGAUCGGCUUCGUGGAGAAGGGAACCAUAUACCAGGGCAUAGCGCCCGACGGAUCGAAACUCUCCAUAUCCACCUCCACGAAAAAGAACAUCCCAACCUACAACCUCAAAAUCACCAGCACACCGAAGAAAGGCACCCCAACAACAAUCGAGCUAGCGCGCUCCUUCACCGAAUGGUUCGACUCGCAAGGCCACUUCAUCGCGCGUCCCUUCCAGACCAUGUUCGCGACCUCCGUACCCUUAAUCGCAAAGGCCGAUCCUAAGCGCGCCCAAGCCGCUGCCUCCGCGACCACGGCCGACUUCAGCAACCUAGACGCGGAUGUUCUAGACGCCAUUGCUGCUUCCCAGGCCGCCUCUACCGGGGCCGAGGACUCCACAGCAGGCAAGAAGUCGAAGCGUAGAAAGGCGUGAUUCACAAGCAAGAAAAUAGUUUAGGCAUGGUUUUUUUCGUGCAUAAUGAACAUGAUACCACAUUUUCGAAU